AUGUACUUCUCUUCAAGAAUACGAUCGUUUUACAGAGAACAGAGAAGGAUCUUGGCAAGAAAUUCCAAGAAAGCACUAUUGGCAUUGGUUUUAUUGUCGCUGUUUGGAUACUACCAAUUCUUUACUUACUAUGAAGAGGACCCCCCGUACUCUGAACAAAACUUAGACUCAGAGACGCAGCAAACGUUUUUCGAUGGGUGUGUUGAUACAGAGCAGUACAUGGCUGAUGCCUCUUACCGUAAGAUGAACGCCACGUUCGUAAUGCUGACACGGAACGAGGAACUGGAAGAUGUUCUUUCUACUAUUUUGCAGUUGGAGGCCCGCUUUAACCAGUGGUACCAGUACCCGUACGUGUUCUUGAACGAUGUGCCCUUCAGCGAUGACUUCAAGAGCAGAGUAGUCACGUCCACUCGGAGCAAAGUUGAGUUUGGCACUUUGAACGAGCUGGAAUGGGAAUUCCCGGAGAAAGUGAGGAACAGUGCCCUGUUCAAAGAAUCACUGGCAAGCCAGAUGGAUAGAGGAAUAUUGUAUGGGGAUCAAGAAUCGUAUCAUAAGAUGUGCCGUUUUUACUCCGGCAUGUUCUAUAAACACCCACUCGUGAAGCAAUACGAGUGGUAUUGGAGAAUUGAGCCUGAUGUUGACUUUUACUGUGACAUCACGUACGAUCCUUUCUUUGAAAUGCAUAUGGCGGGGAAACAGUACGGGUUCACGGUGAUUAUACCUGAAUUGUACUGGAGUGUCCCCAACUUGUUCAGGUACACACAGGCGUUUUUGAGAGAAAAUGGGUGGCCCCGACUCGGUAGUCUAUGGAAGUUGUUUACCUACAAUAUGAACAUCAUGGAUACUAGCGAUCCAGCUAUUUCCCAGUGGGUUCAUUUGGAAGAGCAAGUGGACGCGAAGCUUCGAGAGAAGGUCAUCAUUGAUUUGUAUCGGGAGGGGAGGUACAAAAAUGAGGAUGCUGCCCUUGAAACAUUGAUAAACAGGGCCCAGUCCAAAGUACCGAUAUUCGAGGAUAAGUUCAACAAUGAGGAGCAGAACAUGUGCCACUUCUGGUCCAACUUUGAGAUUGCCAAGAUAUCUGUGUUUGAGAACGACGUAUACAAUGCGUACUUCGAGUACUUGGAGUCCAGUGACGGGUUUUGGCGCGAGAGAUGGGGCGACGCACCAGUGCACUCCCUCGGACUAGCCCUCACUUUGGAUGUUGAAGAUGUGCAUUAUUUCCGGGAUAUUGGCUACAGACACUCCACAUUGCAACACUGUCCUAAGAACGCGGAUACUCCCUACGAGUACUUUGCGAAGGAGACCAGGUUUGAGCGGACAGGGAAGGGUGCAAGAUACGACAAACCCACGGACUACGGCGUUGGCUGCAGAUGCCAAUGCAACAAUAAGAAGCAGGAUAUUGAGGACACAUCGUACCCAUGCAUGGACAUCUGGUUAGAACUGGCGCACCAGAUGCACCCAGAGGCGAAUUUUGAUGGCAAGUAUUACCCUAGAGUGAACGCAGCACAAAUUGAAGAGCAAUUGAGACAGUCUCU